AUGUAUAGCGAGUGCUUGGGUCAGUCCAGUUCAGGUCAUACCAAAAAAGGGGGCAUUACAGUGGUUGAGAACGAAAAGAAUGAAUUGAUACCCACUAGGACUGUUAUGGGAUGGAGAGUUUGCAUCGACUACUGCAAACUUAAUACUAUUACUCAAAAGGAUCACUUUCCACUCCCUUUCAUUGAUCAGGUGUUGGAAAUGUUGGCUGGUCAUUCACAUUACUGCUUCAUCGACGGUUAUUUAGGAUAUAAUCAGAUUCCAAUAGUACCGAAUGACCACGAGAAAACUACAUUCACUUGUCCCUACAGAACCUUUGCCUACCUUAGGAUGACGUUUGGUCUAUGCAAUGCUCACGCCACCUUUCAGUGGUGCAUGAUGGCCAUCUUCUCCGAUAUGGUGGAGAAAUUCAUAGAGAUCUUCAUGGAUGAUCACAUGUCCUUAUGGCACUUUUGCUUAUCGGAGGAUGCCUUUCGGUUUAUGUAA